UUCCCGACUACAACGGGUGUUCAUUCGCGCGUUUGCCUCCCAACGGCUCGUUUUACCAACGACGAAGGUCGUCGAUACGACCAGUUGAACCCCAAAAAGAACCUUCUCGAUUCUCUCAGCUGGACCGCGCAGAAGACGUGAAAGUCCUCUGAGUUGUGUAUACGGACGGUUCUACGCUUGUACGAUUUUCUUUAGUCUCCAGUUGAUCAUCAAGAGAAUUUCAUCGAUUACAAAAAAGAAUUUUUUUUGGAAAAGUUUUAAUGGAGGGUUAAGUGGUGUAUGUUUUUCGAGAUGCCUUCAGAAGCCCUAUCCGUGGCGGUUACCACUGGGUUGGGUGUGAGCGUUUUAGCUGGACUCCUUUCGGGAAUUUGUUAUAUCUUAAGCCAAGGAUUGGGAAGACGCAGAAAUACCAAAGCUACAAAACCGUGGCACUGUAACGUUUGCGGUGGACAAUUUAGAUCGAUCCAAGGAGUUCUCGAGGUCGAAAGAGUCGCAACGUGCACGAAAUGCAAACAAAAAAUUUGCAAAAUUCGAUGCUCGAAUCGAGAUCCAUUGAAAGGAUGGAUUUGCCAGCUUUGUCAGCAACCAGAAGCUUGGUUCAAAGUAAUUUUAAACGCCAUACAUCCAAAUAAAGGGACAAUUUUUUCAAAUAUGGACCAAGAAGGAAUCGACGAAUUAGAUGAAGACUUAAGGGAAUUAAGGAAGAAAGAACGUGAGCAAGUUCGUGAUUUUAUCGAACGAUUAGUCGAAUCUUUAUUAGGUGGCACUUUGGAUGAUGUAAAUAUAAGGCGAUUAUACAACGAUAGAAAAUACGAUGCUCUGUUCGAGAGGUAUCAUUCAGAUCUCAGCAACGCUUUAACAGACCUUGGGUCAGCCUUGCAUAUCUCCAUAUCCAAUUUGCCAAUUACUGGACAAUCUCCUUGUACAGCCCAUGCAACUUUAAAACAACUUAUUCAGAGAUUUAGCAGCGAAGCCGGGGAAUUACCUGAAUUAAAAAGAAUUCAAAAUCAUCCAGCUGUCCCAGAGGAAGAAGUUUCUGAUAGGACUUAUGAAGAUUUGUUAUCCACAGCCAUAAUAAAUAAGGUGGUUCAGUGUAGUCAAAAUGGUGCUCGAUCGAAUUCGGAUAGUGUCUCAAGUCGGGCUUCAAGAAGAACGAUUCCGAGUACGAAUGGAAAAGAUAUUUUCUUUUCUAGAGAAACUUUGGACGAUAAAUGGAGGAACAUCGAUAAUCCCGAAGAACAACAUGAUGAUACCUCGUCGGUUUCUAGUCUAGAUGAGUGGGUUAGGAGUGAUUCUAGUAUUGGAUCAGCUAAAUACGUUGAUCGAAUUUCAUUAACAAUUAAGCAACAUAUUAAUGAAAAUAAUUCAAGUUGUGAUGAGAUAUCGGACGUAGAAUCAAAUCCAAAUAGCCUUGAAGCUGAAGAUGCGUGGAGUGAAAAUUGGUAUUUUCAAAAGAAAUUAAGAAGUAGCAAUUCUCCAGUUCCUGUACCAAUGUUGGUUCCAAAUCCGAUCGAAGAAGCUAAAGUUUAUAUUGGAGAUAAAGAAGCUGGUGAAAUAUCCGAUAUUGAAUCAGAUUAUGGAGAAGCUGAAGUUGUACCCGAUAUAAAACACAUUCUAGUCAAUUCAAGAACCAUAAUCGGGGGUAAAAAUGUUCUUGAAAACGUCGAAGUGGUCGCUGACAUCACCAAUAAUCAAAACGGUGUUGAACAAAGAGAAAAAACUGUUUCUGUUAUAAAAGAAAAUGGGUUAAAUCAUCGUGAAGUUGAUAACUUUGAAGUAGCUCAUUUAGUGAGCGAAGAAACUCAGGACGUAUCAUUGCUAUCAAUCGAUAGUCAAACAGAAAAAGAUACGGAAUACACUGAGCAAUACGCUUCUUUACCUAGAACUAUAGUUAAAGAACCCAAACCAGUGCCAAGAACUUACGCUUCAAGAAGGAAAGCUAAAAUUAAUCAAGAGACAAAAGAAAAUGGUCAUAUUGAAGUGGAAGAAAUGAAAACUCCUGGAGUUAUAUCAAACGGUUUUAAAGAAAAUGGAAUUCAAGAGAAGUCUGAAUUAAAUGGGGAUUCUAUCAGUGAAGAAUUAAUUGCUUUUGAAGGUUCUUAUAGUAAGAAGGAAAAAGAAAAGUGGAAACAUGCUGUUGAUUUGAAAAAUAAUCCAUAUUCACCGGAAAAUUUAGAAAGGCGAUUAAGUAAUUCAUCAUCAACAAGCAGUUCUUUAUUUGGAAGAGAUUAUUAUAUACGACAAGCGUCUAGAUCCGCGGGAAUUAGUAAGAAAGAUUACGCUGCGGCUACUGAGGAGAUACGCGGGUACGAACUUGACGAUGAAACAUUAGUCACAGCAGUUCCUGCGGUAAUAUAUCAAGAAGAAGACCAGCAAUACCCAUCAAUGAGUGAAUCUUCAGCAACAAUAACUUCACUUAGACCAAAUCGUUUGGAUAUAUCAAGCGAUUCGGAUAUGAGUAUCGAAAGGAUUUAUAAUCCACAAACUGGAACGAUGACGGUUAACUCAGGGGGUGUAACUCAAGAAUUUUCGGUGAGUAGUAAUCCUUCUACAAGCCCCGAAGGGUUAAAAUACAUAAAAAAGGAAUUUGAUGAACCAAUCGAUGAAAAUCAUAAUCAAUCGCUAUCGAUCGAAGAACAAAAACAAGAAUUUUUGAGGUCGUUGACCAUAGAAAGUGAUCAAAGUACACCGAUUAUCGAAGAUAUCGUAGCAACCCCCGCUUCUAUUAUUGAAGAUGUGCCAUAUGAAUUUGAAUCUAUUUCUAACGGAUUUGAAAGAAACCAAUUAAAAGAAGAUAUAGCACCAAGUUUAAAAAAAAGCCUCAGCAAAUUCGAUGAUAUCACAAACGAAUUUAGUAACACCAAAGAAAUCGUUUAUAAAACUCACGAAUACAAUCUUAUUAACGACCAAAAAAAUCAAAACGAACACGAUGAAAUUGAUGUUACGUUGGAUAAAAAUUUAGUUCAAGAGUUCGAUUUCGUUUUAAAAAUGAAAGAUUAUCCCCAAAUCCCCGCAAAAUAUUUCGGGGAAGUUAAAAGUUUAGUUGAUGAUAAACCCGCAACGAAAACGUCGGAUUAUUCCGAAGAAGAAUCAUUCGAAAACAAAGAUUUUAGUUUAGAGUAUUCCACCGAUAUCACGGAUGAUGCUUCAAGACCUGAAAGUGCUUUAGAAACUGAUCCGGAAAUUAUCGAUUUGAAAGAAAAAAAGCUUGUGAAGGAUUUGUUGGGAAAAUACUCAAAAAGUAUUUCUAACGUCGCAUUGAUUCCGCAAAAGAAAAAUGAAGAAAUGGGAAUUAAAAAACAAAUCUCGUUGGAAAAUAUUGUUCAACAUGGAGAAAAUUUGAAUGAAGUUGAGUUAGAAGAAAAUGGAUGUGAUGAAAAUAAUCAAUUUAAUCAUAUUCCUUCAGUACAAAAUUUGAAAAAAAUAUUUGAUCGUCAACCAAAGGAAAUCCUCGAAGUAAAGAAGGAUGUUGUUAAUGUAUACAGUUUAACGGCGAGGAGUUUACCCAAAAGUAUUACUCAACAAUUAAAAAAUGAUGAAGAUUUAUCUGUUAAAACAGAAGAAGAAAAUUUACCUACAAAUGAAGAAGAUGAAGAAUUACUUCCUGCUGAUAUUACAAGAAACCGAAUCAAAUUCUUUGAAGAACUUGAAAGGACGAAACACUGAUUAAUAAAGUAAUUAAAAUUAA